GCCAAAUCCCUCAUUCUGUCCCUGCAACACCCCACGCGCCUCUCCUGAGGAUUCAGCCCCAUUCCACGCGCUCUCCCGAAGAGGCAAAGAGGCGGGGUGGGGGAAUACCUGAGAAUUCUUACCUGCACUUCACCUGGAAAUCCUACUCACCCCGGAGGACCUGUCUGCCACUUACCGGUUGCCCGAAGAUGCAUUUCGCCUCAGAAAACAUCCCGCUACCUCUGCCCGCUGAUCACCUAAGAUCCCCUCUCCCGUGCUCCUUUGGUAACUCUGUAUCUGUGCAGGACACGUCCAGUGCUCUCGCGAGGAUCCUUUGAAGAGAAAUACAAUCAGAUAGCACCUCUGAUAUCGGACAUCUGCACACAGAGGGACAAGCCGCAGGUCUCUGAUAACGCAGGACAACUUCAACCCCCUGAGUUUGGGCUCAGCCAUUGUCUGAUUCUUUAUUAACAAGGCUGUAAUAGUGCACCAUGGAAAAAGAGAAAAUAGAGCAAACAAUGCCCUCUCGCUGCGGCACUGCCGUACGAAUAUUCACUACCACCCUCUUCGCCGCGGUGGUCCUGUUCGCCAUCCUGCUGGCCUACGUCACCGGCUACCAGUUCAUCCACACGGAGCAGCACCACUUGUCCUUCGGCCUGUACGGCGCCAUCCUCUUCCUCCACCUGCUGUUGCAGAGCCUCUUCGCCUACCUGGAGCACCGGCGCAUGCGGGGCCCUGCGAGGCCGCAGCACCUGCGUCGCUCCGUGGCCCUCUGCAUCGCCGCCUACCAGGAGGACCCGGACUACCUGCGCAAGUGCCUACGCAGCGUGCGCCGCAUCUCCUUCCCGGGCCUCAAGGUGGUGCUGGUGGUCGACGGCAACCGGCCCGAGGACGCGUACAUGAUGGAGAUCUUCCAGGAGGUGAUGGGUGGUGCGGAGCAGGCCGGGAGCAUGGUGUGGAAGGGGAACUAUCACAGCGGAGGAGGUGGUGGAGGUGGAGGUGGAGGAGGAGGAGGUGGUGGAGGUGGAGGUGGAGGUGGUGGAGGUGGUGGAGGAGGUGGAAGGGAGGAGGAGGCGGCGCGUGUGACACGGAUUUUGCGCAACUGCCGCUACUCGUGCAUCAUGCAGGAGUGGGGGGGCAAGCGGGAGGUCAUGUACACGGCCUUCAAGGCCCUGGGAGACUCUGUGGACUAUGUGCAGGUCUGUGACUCGGACACAGUGCUAGACCCUGCCUGCACCAUAGAGAUGCUGAAGAUUCUGGAGGAGGAUCCUCUCGUUGGAGCCGUUGGUGGCGAUGUUCAGAUCCUGAACAAAUACGACUCCUGGAUCUCCUUCCUGAGUAGUGUCCGUUACUGGAUGGCAUUUAACGUGGAGCGGGCGUGCCAGUCGUACUUCGGCUGUGUGCAGUGCAUCAGUGGGCCCCUGGGCAUGUACCGCAACUCCCUCCUCCAGCGUUUCCUGGAGCCCUGGUACCACCAGACCUUCCUGGGCAGCAAGUGCAGCUUCGGCGACGACCGGCACCUCACCAACCGCGUGCUCAGCUUCGGCUACAAGACCAAGUACACGGCGCGCUCGCAAUGCCAGACCGAAACGCCCACACGCUACUUGCGCUGGCUCAACCAGCAGACCCGCUGGAGCAAAUCGUACUUCCGCGAAUGGCUCUACAACGCCCUCUGGUUCCACAAGCACAGCCUGUGGAUGACCUACGAGUCGGUGGUGACCGGCUUCUUCCCCUUCUUCCUAGUGGCCACGGUGAUCCACUUGUUCUAUCGCGGGCGCCUGUGGAACAUCCUGCUCUUCCUGCUCACCGUCCAGCUGGUGGGAAUGGUCAAGGCCACGUACGCCUGCUUCCUGCGCGGCAGCCUCGUCAUGAUCUUCAUGUCGCUCUACUCGCUGCUCUACAUGUCCAGCCUGCUGCCGGCCAAGAUCUUCGCCCUCUUCACCAUCAACAAGGCCGGCUGGGGCACGUCCGGCCGGCGCAAGAUCGUGGUGAACUUCAUCGGAGCCAUUCCCGUGACGGUGUGGGCGGCCAUUCUGCUGGGCGGGGUGGCCUACACCAUCUACUGCGAGACUCAGGAGCCCUUCAACGAGACGGAGAAGGCCCUGCUAAUAGCGGGCACCAUCUUGUACGCUUGCUACUGGCUCAUCCUGCUGGUGCUGUACCUGGCUAUAGUGGCCAAGAGGUGCAACAAACGGGAGGAACAGUACCAUCUGCCAUAUGCUGAGGCCUAGCACAGGGAUAUACUGAUUGACUGCUGAGAGCCUUCCUCUCCCUUAAGGUGCUGCUACAAGAGCUGGACCAAGUCCUGACAUGACUUUUGACCUUGGAGCCGCUCCCUUUCCAUGGUGCUACGGACUCACUGGUGAGGGUGUGUUGAUGGACAGUGGCAUUGGUGGGCAGGCAGUGGAGGCAUUUUGCGGGUCAACUGCUGGAUGAGUCUGUUUUGUUUUGUUUUGUUUGUUGGUUCACUUGUGCACAAGGCACAAGCACCUACAGUAUACAGUGGCGUUUUGUCUUAGACUUCAAAAGGGUAGUCUGAGUGAGCCAGUGAUGGGGGGGGGGGGUCUGCGUCAAGCAAGGUGCUUUAGUGAGUUUGAAAGCACAUAUCAUGGGACAGGUAUGGACCAGGUUGUGGUCCACAAAACAUUCACUUCUAUACAUAUACUUCUGCAGGACACUCACCCUGAGUGUAACCAACUUCCUGCUUGUAAAAGCCGUAAGGUGAGCUAACAUUAACCAUAUAGUUAUGGUGAAAAGUCUCUCUUUACCAACAGGGCAGGCACUUGACUGAAUGUACACCAUUGAGGUUAUUUCUAUUUUGAGGUUACUUCUUUUAUUUUUUGGACUCCAGAUUGACAGGACAGUCUGUUCCUUUCGGUGCUGCUAGGUAUGGUGCCAAGCCUGAGAUGUGAUGCCUUUGCAACGGACACGACAAAUCAUAGACAAACACAUGACUAAUGGAAGACUGUAAGACAACCAGCUUCCAUCGUUUUCCCACCCUGUCCCAAAAACACUGUUAUCCGUUCCAACAUAAUUUUAAUAUGAGAUCAUCUACACGUUUUAAGUCAUAUAGUUAUCAAUUCUUUAUGUAAAUAUGAAUAUGAACACCUUAUUUCUAUAGAGAUGGUCUGAAAUCUAAUAUAUUUUACACUCUGCACUUGAUCUAAGGAAGUAUAUGUGAAUGCUCCACUGCAAAUCUUUGAUGCCAGGGGCAAAAAAACACACACACAUGGUGGAAAAUCCCCAAUCACAUACACUUAAUAAUCUAUUAACUGUUUCCUUUUGUCACCUUGUGGACAACACAGUAAAUAAAUCUCUGAAGGGAGAUUGAAUAACUUGAAACUUGAAAGUGCAAAUAAGACACACAGAAAUGUUGUUUACUGACUGUAGUCAUGUCUACAAAGAAGGCCAGCUCUUGAAUUUCAAUCCCUUCAUGCUGACGAGUUAUGAGUUGAGGCAUCUAAUUUAUUUUUGUUAGAGAAAAGUAAACACUGUUUUGUAUUUUGCUGUUUAGAAGGACAAUUUGGCCAGUUUGUUUUGUUGGUGACAUUGAGGGCUAGAAACCAAGUACUUUCUAAGUAUCUCUUGUAGUACUCUCUUCUGACAUAAUAUAUUCUGCUCCCCAGCUGUAGUCUGGAUUAUUUUUGGCCAAGUCACAGUGCUAUACUGAUUCAUUUUAGGAUGUUUCAUGCGCUGAAUAACUUAGCAAUUCGUCAAAAAUGACAGAAUAGGUUCCCAGUGGAACACUAUUGCAACCUUAAAUUUAAACGUUGCCUUUUUGAGAACCUGGCAUAUUCUCUCAAAGUAAUGAAAUAUGUUAAAUGUCAAUUUAUGUCAGGAAAAGAUUUCCACUUUAAAGGACGCAGUCACAAGUAUGAGCCACUGGCAAAAUCUGACUGUAGGAUUCAGCUGUUUGUUGCUGGAAACACAUCAUAUCCACACAGAAGCUCUUUAUGCGGCCAGACUGCAAAGAGGCGGGGGCUGGAGAGUGUGUGUGUGUGUGUGUGUGUGUGUGUGUGUGUGU